AUGACCACUCUCAAGACUCUUGUGCUGAUGUUUUCUGUCCUGAUGUCGGCGGUGAUCUCGAGGCCCCUGACUCCGACUCCCACCCACCUUCCCACCCGGAGGAGCUGUCAAAUCAGCCAAUUCACAUCUCUUUCCCCUCGGGAGCUGGAAGCCUUCAAGGUGGCCAAGGAUUCCUAUGAGAAGUCCAUGCUUCAGGCAGAGAGAAAAUGCAGCUCCAAAUUCUUCCACAGGAACUGGGACCUUUGGCAACUACCGCUGUCAGAUCGUCCCAGAGUCUUAAAGGCUGAACUGGACUUGACUCUGGAAGUCUUGAAAGCCAUGGAUAAUCCUGAUCUAGAGAGAGUUUUGGCUCAACCCCUACAAACCCUCAGUUAUAUCAACCAGGAGAUCCAAAGCUGUGUUACUCCCCUGCCCUCUAGAGGCCACAAACUUCCCAGCCGCCUGAAGCACUGGCUACACAGACUCAGAAUCUCAGGGGUGCCUCGAGGUUUCCAUCAUGCUCAACCUCUUCCGACUCCUGACCCAAGAUCUCCGGUGUGUGGCCUAUGGGGAACUCUGUCGAUGAUCCAGGCCUAG